UUACAUACGAAUAUCUUGUUUGAUUUGCUAUUUGGUAAAUUUUGUGUUAGCAAGAGCGAUAUAGAUUUCAUCAGUCAGCAUAAUCCGGCUAUAAAACGAUUUGACCGUCUUUGUGUAAGCUUGUUAUAUUGGAAAUAACAUUGAGUGAGGAAAGAACGCACUUAAAGAUCGACAUUGUCUACUGAUAAAAGAUGGAAAUACUUGGAGUGGUGGAGUUGCCGGGUUGGCUCGUUGGUAUUACAGUGUUCAUACUGACGGUUUGCCUGUACACAUGGUACAAACAAUCUUAUUUUAAGCGUCUUGGAAUACCAACAAAACCAACCGUCUUUUUCUUUGGGGACUUCUUUAUACUUACAAAAAAGGGUUUUGGGUAUAUAGAUUAUCAAAUGGUGAAGGAAAAUGGAAAGAUAUUUGGGUUGUUUCUUGGCAAUAUUCCAACACUUGUCAUAAGUGACGCAGAUAUAAUUAAGCAAAUUAUGGUGAAGGAGUUUUCCAAAUUCACUGACCGCGUGUCUGUUGUUAAAGUGACAAAGAUUUGGAGGUCAGCAGUGUCUGUUGCAAGUGGUGACCACUGGAGGUUCUUGCGAUCUACUCUAAGUCCAACAUUUACUACAGGAAAAAUACGAGAGAUGAACCCGUAUAUACAUAAAUGCAUGGAUACAUUACAAGAGUUGUUAGAUGAUAAGAUCGAGAAAAGUCCCGAAGGUUUUGACGUUAUGCCAAAUAUAAAAGGUUAUACGUUGGAUGUCAUAUGCAGUACGGGUUUCGGACUUGAUGUUGACGCACAAAAGGACCCAGAUAAUCUAAUCAUCAAAUAUGCACGAGAGUUCCUAGAGUUCAAAGGAUCUAGAAAUCCAUUUUUUCUUAUCAAUGUGUUUUUCCCAGAUGUAAGCAAUUUGUUCGGCAAAUAUUUAGAAACAAGUAUUGUAUCGAAGGAGGCCAUGGAUUUUUACAAAAGCACGCUAACACAGGCUUUCAAUGAUAGAAAAAAGGCUCAAUCGAAACACCGAGAUCUCCUACAGUUGUUAAUCAAUACACAUAAAGGAGGCGAUAUUGAUGACAAAGAAACUGACGACGCUGAAGAGGCAGUCACAUAUGAAGGCUUCAAACAAAGAGGUUUGAAUGAUACUGAGGUUCUGAUUAAUUCUAUAAUAUUUAUGGUUGCUGGUUAUGAUACAACAGCGACUACUCUGUCAUGGAUAAUUUAUGAUCUUGCUAUAAACACUGACUGUCAGGAUAAACUUGUACAGGAGAUAGAUACAGAAAUUGGGGAUGCGGACACUACUUAUGACAAUGUAUUCAAGCUGGGAUACCUCGACAUGAUUGUGAACGAAUCACUGCGGAUGCACCCGCCAGCUCAAAGAUUGAACCGCCUGGCUUUAGAGGAUGUUGAGAUAAAUGGGCUACAGAUCAAGAAAGGCAUGGACUGUACAAUGUCCGUAUUGGCACUUCAUUAUAUGCCGGAAUACUGGGAGAAUCCCAAUAAAUAUGAUCCAGAGAGGUUUGCACCGGAAAAUAAAGACAAAAUAAACCAGUAUGCAUACAUGCCGUUUGGUCAAGGUCCGAGGAACUGCAUAGGAAAGCGUUUGGCUCUUCUGGAGGUCAAGGCCACCAUUGUGACAUUGUUAAAACGUUACAGAAUACACAAGACAGAUCAGCUUGAAGUACCGAUGCCUACAUCACCUCUUGGACUAGGUAAACCUGCGAAACCUGUUGUUGUGAGAUUGGAAAAGAGGACGAAAAAGUCGUAAAUAGAUCUUCCCAGAGUUUGAACACUUCGAUGGGAAGUCAUCCGUUCUUUUAUAUACAUGUGUCUAUAUAUAUAACAGUAAUAAUUAUACAUGUUUUAUAAAAAGUUUGACUAUGAACUUAUUUUUGUAUGUAAUGCGCUUGAUUUUCUAUGACUCUAUAAAAAAUAUUUACUGCUGAUAGUUUGAAUAGAAAGAAACAUCAUCUGCUAACUUUUGAAUUGAAUGGAACAUCAUCUGUUUGUUUUUGAAUUGAAUAGAACAUUAUCUGUUUGUUUUUGACUUGAAUAGAACAUCAUCUGUUUGUUUUUGAAUUGAAUAGAACAUCAUCUGUUUGUUUUUGAAUUGAAUAGAACAUCAUCUGUUUGUUUUUGAAUUGAAUAGAACAUCAUCUGUUUGUUUUUGAAUUGAAUGUAACACCGUCUGUUUGUUUUUGAAUUGAAUGUAACACCGUCUGUUUGCUUUAAAUUGUACGGAACAUCAUCUUUUUGUUUUAAAAUUGACUUGAACAUCGUUUGGUUUUAAAUAUCUAAACCUUCAGAUAUUAUAAGCAUACCAUUUCAAAAAUAUAUGUUUAUGUAUAUAAACCGUAUAAAUUAGAUAGAUAUUGACAUUAUUUAAAUGUAUUUCGAGUCGGAGGCUUUUUAACACAUGUAAAUUUGAAAUAAACUGAAUGGAAUAUUAAAAUCGGUUACAAAAUUUGAAAUACUUGAACGACGGUACAAUAUCUAGGAUGUGUAUGAUGAGUAUUAAUAAACAGUUUUCAAUUUAA